GCUCCUCUUAGAAAGUAGUUUUGAAACAGGUUUGGUGUUUUCGGUAAAUAUUUCCGUGUUUUCAGUGAAAAUGUCUUCAGUUCCGCCUCAGAGAGAGUUUAUCAACGAGCAGGUAACUCCUGCUGGAGAAACAUUCACAGAGUUUAAAGAAAUCAACGUUAAGAUGGAGGAAGAGAUGGAGGAUCAGCGCAGACUGAUGGAUUUUACCCGGAUACCGAGGAUCAUCUUACACCGGAUAGAUCUCCCACAGUGCUGGGUGUGUAAAGAGGAGGAGGUUCUCAAUGAAUUCAGCAACCAGGAGAGGAAGCCCACUUCAGGUAAAGAAGAACCAGAACAUCAAGAGUUCAAAGAGGAAGAGAAGCAACUCUGCAUCAGUCAGGAUGAAGAGCAGCUUGUGCUGAAACAAGAGACUGAUGACAUUUUGGUGAAUCCUCUUAAUGUGCAAAGAAUCCACAAUGAAACAGAACCACAGAGGAACCAACUCAUCUCUCAUGGCUCUGCUGAGGAUGAGAACCAGGAUCAAGAAGGAAGCAAUUCUGAGGACUCAGGAGAAAAGAGAGAUGAAGAACAGAAACACAACAAAAGAUGCCAGAAAGAUCUCCCACAAUGUUGUGUGUGUAAAGAGGAGGAGGUUCUCAAUGAAACAGAACCACAGAGGAACCAACUCAUCUCUCAUGGCUCUGCAGAAACUCAGAACCAGAAUCAGGAAGGAAUCAAUUCUGAACACCCAGUAAAAAAGAGAAAGGAAGAACAAAAACAAAAGGAGAAAUAUGAGAAAACCAAAGAGCAGAAAGGCAGAACUGACACUGCAAAACAAAAAAAGCACAAGAAAGCUCACGCAGGGCAAAAAUUAUAUUCUUGUAAAAUUUGUGAUGAAACCUUUUCUCAAAAAGAUAUCUUGCUGAGACACAUAAGAAUUCACAAAGAUGAGCGGCCUUUUUCUUGUGGGACCUGUGGAAAGAGUUACAGUGAAAGAAGGACUUUAACUCGGCACAUGAAAAUUCACACAGGUGAGAAGCCUUUCUAUUGUGGGUCUUGUGGAAGAAGUUUCUCUUGCAAAGAUUAUUUAAAUGUUCAUAUGAAAAUUCACAAUGGUGAGAGGCCUUUCUCUUGUGGGUCUUGUGGAAGAGGUUUCUCCCUAAAAACUCAUUUAAAUGCUCAUAUGAAAGUUCACACAGGUGAUAAGCCUUUCUCUUGUGGGAUCUGUGGAAAGAGUUACAGUGAAAAAGGGACUUUAACUCAUCACAUGAGAAUUCACACAGGUGAGAAGCCUUUCUCUUGUGGGUCGUGUGGAAAACGUUUCUCUCAAAAAUGUAAUUUAAAUGUUCACAUGAGAAUUCACACAGGUGAGAAGCCCUUCUCAUGUGAGACCUGUGGAAAGACUUACAGUGAACGAGGGACUUUAACUCAUCACAUGAGAAUUCACACAGGUGAGAAGCCUUUCUCUUGUGGGAGCUGUGGAAAAAGUUACAGUAAGAGAAGUUAUUUAUCUCGUCACAUGAAGACUCACUCUGAUGAGAAUCCAUAGGUCCAAAACAGAUCCGAUCCAAUUUGGCAUCUAAUCUUAUGGAAAAUCUGGUCAGGUGAUGUAAACAGCAAGUUGAACAUAUUAAAGUCAACAGAUUCUUGCAGGCUGCUAGUGAUUCACUGUGAUUGUGUCUUUCACUGUCUGACCAA